AUGUCUGAACUGAGUGAUGAGUCGAGUGAGACGGAGCUUCUGAAUCGUAGCCUGUCCAUGUGGCAUGGCUUUGAGCAGCGGACUGGCUGUGAGGACCUGGACGUUCCAUUAGACCUUCACACGGCAUCAUCGAUUGGGCAGUAUGAUGUAGUGAAAGAGUGCAUCCAGAGAGGAAAGGUAGACCCGAAUCAGAAGAAUCGGGGAGGCUGGACCCCUCUAAUGUAUGCAUCAUAUAUUGGCCAUGAUACCAUCGUCCACCUCUUGCUGGAGGCGGGAGUGGAUGUCAACACGACGACAGAGAGAGGGCAGAGCGCGCUGAUGCUGGCAGCCAGCUGUGGCAACGAGAGCAUCGCCUAUUUCCUGCUUCAGCAAGGGGCUGAGCUGGAGCUGAAGGAUGACAGAGGCUGGACUGCUCUGUUCCAUUGCACGAGCACCGGACACCAGCAGAUGGUGAAGUUCCUUCUGGACAACGGGGCUGAUGCAAACCUAAAAGAGCCUGUGUUUGGAUUUACGCCUUUGAUGGAAGCUGCUGCCUCUGGUCAUGAGAUCAUUGUCCAGUACCUCCUGAAUCAUGACGUCCAGGUUGAUGUGAAAGAUAAAAUUGGGGACACAGCUCGUUCCUUAGCACUGAUGUAUGGGUACAUGAAGAUAGCUAGUCUUAUCGACCUGCACACAGCCCCGGUGUCCAAGUCUGUUCGUAGGGACACAGGAAUGGACGAAGACUUCAGCUCCUCCGAUGAGUCCUGCUCAUUCCAACCGCACCACCCACACACUCGCCACUCAAAUUUCCGGAGAAACAAGGGCCCCAGUAUUCAUGAUGGACCACAGGCACUAGCCCACAUCACAGGUCGUGGAACCAAGGGAUGGCCACAGCAGUAUGAGUCUCUCCCACCGCAAGGGUACGUCACAUUCAAAAACAGCCAGGAAGUAGAUGAAGAGGAUAUCCGGAACCGUGAUGUCACCUCCCCGAUUAAUGAGCACGACGUAGAGAGCAACAGCAGCAGGGAAGAAAAUUCAUUCUGCAUCACCGACACUGUGACCACUCGCAGGAGCAGCGGCAGCAGCAGCGAAGGGCUGGUGAAAGCAUUGGGUGUUAGCCGUGAGGGAUCUGUGGAAAGUAACGAGGAUUCGGAUCAGUCUAGUAAAUGCAGUAACAGAAGGCAGUUGAGGAUUCGCAGAGGCUACGUCCGGAGCGUGGAGAGUGCCCAUUCAGGAGGCAAUGACAUUCCCACAAUUCUCAGUCCACAGCUACAGAUUCCAAAUAAGGAAGUGGUGAAGUACCAAGGACCAAAGGACUUGCCAGAGUUUCUGGAGCAGAUCGGCUGCCUGAAGUAUCUGCACAUCCUCGAGGAGCAAGACGUGGAUUUGCGAAUAUUCCUCACUCUGACAGAAACUGAUCUGAAAGAAGUAGGCAUUACGUUGUUUGGACCUAAAAGGAAGAUGACAGCUGCGAUCGCCCGCUGGCACAGUAAUGCCCUGCCUCUCGAUAACACCCUGGAGCAGGUCUACGCUGACCGGCUGGAGACAGAAAUGCAGGAAAUGGCCAUUCAGCUUCACAAGAAAUGUGAAGAAGUGGAGUUGCUGAAGGGACGAGUAUCACAGGAGCAGGAGCUGCGAGCUGUGGUGGAAGGGUUUUUAAUGGAGGAUAAAAUGGCCUGGAAACAACAACAGAAAGAGAUUGAAGAUACACAGAGGGUCUGUCGCGAGAUAGCGAUUGUCCUUGAGCAAAUCAAGGCUUGUCAGUCUGAACUAUCGGCCCGAUUCAAAGAUGGCAAUGGACAGAGGAGGAAAAUAGAGUUCUGGAAGCAACCACGAAACACACAGGAAGAAGGUCUUGCUAACUGGAAAUCUCUUCUAGGAUCCCUGAGCAUAUCGGAAUUAAGUGGAACUCUUAAAGAAUGUACAGGAGAAAUGGGUGAAGCUGUACAAACAGUUGAACAGCAUUUGGAAAACCUGCUGAACUCAGACAAAAGAAGCCCAGAAUGGAGACAGAACGCUGAUAUCUGACACGGAUCCGACACUGUCAGAUGUCUGAGGGAUUCAUGGAAUCCAGUAUUAGCUGACUGGACGGAGGGUGAAAGUGCCACCCUGAAGAAAAGCAGCCUUUCUCUGUAGCUUCUAGACCCCAGGCCUCUACAAGAUCCAGGCCACCCUUGGGGAUGAAGAGUGGGAAAGACAAACAACUCAGCCCUGCCCAGGCCCUGAUGACGUGCAGGACUCGAAGCAGUUCCUGUGAUGGAGCAGUGAGAUGAGGAGAUGUUUGGACUCAGCACUAACAGGCAGCCUUCCUGACGCAAUGUGCCCCUCUGGUUGACGGGCCGCUGAAGUCGAUGCUUGUUUACCCAUUGUGUCGCUCUUCAGUAGCUCAUUUUACUAUUAACUCCCUUCAACAUCUGACCUGCUGAACAAUGGAUUCUGAUCCUCUGAAAACUGAUUAGCCCAGCUCUAGGGCAGCCAGUACAGACACAGGUCCUUUCCCCACAGCCCUAGUAUGACUUGAGAUGUUUUAGUCAAAAGCUGCAGCUGGUGAUGUGGGAGUGUAUCUGAGGGAAUGUGUGCUGAAAACUUGAACUAUUUAGCCAACAGUGAUCUGCAAUGUGAAAUCAUCCAUCACUGAUCUGCAGGGCAACUGGAAAGCUAUAAUUUAACACUCUUACAGGGACCAAUGCCUGGAUUUGAACUGUGACCUUAUGAAGAUCAGGACCUGAGCUAAUGAACUGUGACCUUAGAGACAACAGGUCCUUGGCUGAUGAACAGUGACCUUAUAGCAAGCAGGACCUGGCUGAUGAGAGAGUGUGUUCUGUACUGUGUAGAAAACACUUGUCCAAUCAAUAAACCAGUGGUCUGUGUGACUAUGUGACACCCUAGGCAAGAUGUGAAAAUAA